AUGCAGCUCUGCAGUCUUGUGUCAACCAUCCAACGCGUGGCCAUCAUCAGCCUCCUGUUGUCGGGUUGCCUCGCCAAGUUUUGCGCCGAAUCCAAGAAUAAUGUCGUUCUCUAUUGGGGCCAAGGUCCCAAUCAAUUGGACCUGAUACAUUACUGCCAGCAGUCCCACGUCGACGUCAUUAUUCUCUCCUUUGUACAUCUCUUCCCGGCGCAAGCCAACGGUUUCCUGGGCAUCAACUUCGGCAACCAGUGCGGUCGUGCCGUCUUUCCCGGUCCAGGCUUCCAUGGUGUGAACGAGCCGCGUCGUGAUGCCCUACUAGCCAACUGCCCUGCCAUCAAUGCACAGAUACCCGUCUGUCAACAGACAUAUGGGAAGAAGAUUAUACUCUCUGUUGGCGGGGGCAUGCUUUCCUACCAACUUACCGGCAUCCAAGAAGCUGAUCUACUGGCCGAUCAGCUCUGGGUCAUGUUUGGUCCGCGUAAUGAGACCCUGGUGGCACAGGGCGUUCCACGCCCGCUCGACUUCAAGGACCAAGCCGUCGAGUGCAUAGUACCAGACGCCAACAUGGCCUCGAUGAUUUCCGCUGCCGCAUUUGACAUAAUUUUUAUCCAAUUUUACAAUACGCCGCACUGUUCUGCGGCCAGUUGGGCCAAGGCCAAUACAUCGUGGCUUUCUGACACGCCAAGCAAGGAUGCGGCCAUCUACAUUACACUUCCCGGCAGCCCUGAAGCGGCAAACCUAGAAAACUACAUCUCGCCUUAUCAAGCUGGGAACCUCAUAAACUCGUUCUACUGCCGAUCAAAGUUUGGUGGCAUGGCGGUCUGGGAAGCCACUUACUCGGAGAACAACCGCCAACAUGGUUACACAUAUCACGCUUUCCUCAAGAAGCACCUGGUCGCCGUCGGAAACUACCCUGGGGGUUGUAGGGUGGGUCAACAAUGUGAUGAUUCUUUACAAGACAGGCUAAUACCUUCGCGUCAGACGCAAGCUGUAAAACCCAGCCCGUCAGCAACUCCAGUCGGUGAGGCUCCAAAUUGCGGCCCGAGCAAGGGCGUUUGCUCCGGCGGCGAAUGCUGUAGCCAGUACAACUACUGCGGUCUCACAGAAGCUCACUGCGGAAGCGGCUGUCAGGGAUUGUUCGGCCACUGUGGCACGCAGCCAGCCGCCAUCUCACCUCCCGCCAAUGCACAGGGUCUGCCAAUCAGUUCCGACGGCAGCUGCGGCGCAGGCAAAGCGACGUGCCGAGGUUACGGAGAGCAUCAGUGUUGUAGUCAGUACGGGUAUUGCGGCAGUACAACCGAGUACUGUGGGCAAGGCUGCCAGGCAGCUUUUGGACUUUGCGAGUGA